AUUAAAAAUGGUGGCGGCGAGUAACCUCGCUGACAUUUGUUUUGAUGCGUAAAUAUUUGCAUUUGGAUUGAGUUUAUAAUUAUUUCAAAGCUAAUUACACAAACUUUUGUGCACAAUUUUCGUGGAGCAAAAUAAAUAAUCAACUACAAUGGCUGACGCGGCUGCUAGGCAGUUGCAAUACGAAUACAAAGCCAACUCCAAUCUUGUUCUCCAAGCUGAUGUUCGCUUGAUAGAGCGUCGUGGUCGUGAUGAGGCAACGGGAGAGGUUCUAUCCUUGACGGGGAAACUUGGCGGGACCCGGAUGGGUGACCGGGCACAACGCACUAAGCCUGACAAGGCUGAGGAGAGAAAAGCCAAGCGACAAAAACGAGACGAAGCAUCCUAUGAGUUGUCCAAGUCUAAAACAGCUCGCGUGGCGUGGGCGGACGACACCCCGGGUGUCCUAUACCGACCGCGGGCUCAGCACACGAGGCACGCUUACGAACUGCUGCUGUCGUUCAUGCAGAGUGCUCUUGGGGACCAACCGAGGGAUAUAUUGUGCGGGGCAUGCGAUGAAGUGUUGGUUGUCCUCAAAAACGACAAACUAAAGGAUCCAGAGAAGAAAAAGGAGAUUGAGAUGUUGUUAGGACCGAUUCCUGAUGAGAGAUUUGCACUUUUAGUCAACUUAGGCAAGAAGAUAACCGACUUCAACAUCAGCUCGGCAACUGAAGGGAACACAGAGAUCGAUGAGACUUACGGCAUCAAUGUCCAGUUCGAGGAGUCUUCGGAGGAGGACGACGAGGAUGCUUACGGGGAGGUUCGCGAGGAAGAAAAAGAGGAGGGUGAGGGCACAGACAACGAGAAAGACAAAGAGAGUUCCGGGGAAGAAGACAGCGACGGAGAAGGGAAGAAGAAUGCUAUUCAUGCCAACCUGUCCGAAGAAAUGUCGGCCAAACGUCGCGACACGACACUCCACCCGAUGGACAUCGACGCGUACUGGCUGCAAAGACGGCUGUCCAGGCAUUUCCCCGACGCUAUGGUGUCUCAGGGCAAAUCAAGCGAAGUCCUUCGCGCGUUGGCCGAGGCGGCCGACGAGCGCGACCUGGAGAACAGGCUAGUGUUGUUGCUCGGCUACGAUUGCUUUAGCGUCGUCAAGCUGCUGAACAAGUACAGAUACACCAUCCUUUACUGCACCAAGCUGGCCUCAUCCCAGUCAGAAAGCGAGCGCGCCGCCAUCCGAGAGGAGAUGUCCAAGCAGCCGCACCUUCAGAAGAUAUUGGCUCAGCUGGACACCGGCAAGGGAGAUGACGAGAUGACCGGCCAAGAAUCCGAAGUGCCCCGAAAGAGGCACAAAACGGACACCGAACCAGAGAGCUCUGACCCGCAGUCCGGCGGCCAAGUACAAGGCUCGCGCAAGGUGCUAGCGUUGGAAGAGCUGGUCUUCGCGGCGGGAGCACACUUCAUGGCCAAUAAGAGGUGCCAACUGCCGCCCGGGUCCUUCAGGAAACAGAGGAGAGCUGACGGAUUCCGAAGGCUAUCGUGGCUUUUCGAUGCCAGCCGACGUAUGCCGAAGGUUGUCGACCAGUCCCGAAGAAAAAGUAGCAAGGUGCUAGCUUUGGAAGAGCUUGUAUUCGCGGCGGGAGCGCACUUCAUGGCUAAUAAGAGGCUGCCGAGGCAUUCCGAGUCCUCUGACCCGCAGUCCGGCGGCCAAGUACAAGGUUCGCGCAAGGUGCUAGCGUUGGAAGAGCUGGUCUUCGCGGCGGGAGCACACUUCAUGGCCAAUAAGAGGUGCCAACUGCCGCCUGGGUCAUUCAGGAAGCAGAGGAGAGGCUACGAGGAAGUCCACGUGCCGGCCCUCAAGCCGAAGCCCUUCGAAGAAGAUGAGACUCUAGUGGCUAUUGAGAAACUGCCCAAAUAUGUGCAGCCGGCGUUUGAAGGGUUCAAGACGCUGAAUAGGAUCCAGAGUCGCAUAUCCAAAGCGGCGUUGGAGACCGACGAGAAUCUCCUGGUUUGCGCUCCUACAGGUGCCGGGAAGACUAACGUGGCUCUCCUGUGUAUCCUGCGGGAGGUGGGCAAACACGUGAACGACGACGGGACGGUCAACGUGAGCGACUUCAAGAUGAUAUACGUCGCGCCGAUGCGGUCACUUGUACAGGAAAUGGUGGGAAACUUCAGCAAGCGUCUAUCAGCAUACAACAUGAAGGUAUCAGAGCUGACGGGAGACCACCAGCUGACCCGGGAACAGAUUGAAGCCACGCAGCUUAUCGUCUGCACUCCGGAGAAGUGGGACAUCAUCACCAGGAAAGGCGGCGAGCGUUCCUUCACGAAUCUGGUGCGGCUGAUCAUCAUAGACGAAGUACAUCUACUCCACGACGAAAGAGGGCCAGUGUUGGAGGCACUGGUCGCCAGGACCUUGAGGACAGUUGAGCAGACUCAGGAGGAGGUCCGCCUAGUGGGUCUGUCGGCCACGCUGCCCAACUAUACCGACGUGGCCGCCUUCCUGCGGGUCAGGCCCGAGCAAGGGCUGUUCUACUUCGACAACUCCUUCAGGCCUGUAGCCCUAGAACAGCAGUACAUAGGUGUGACAGAGAAGAAAGCGCUGAAACGGUUCCAAGUGAUGAACGACAUCGUAUAUGAGAAGACGAUGGAACACGCCGGCAGGAAUCAGAUACUGGUAUUCGUACACUCAAGGAAAGAAACUGGUAAGACUGCGCGUGCGAUCCGUGAUAUGUGUUUGGAGAAGGACACUCUGGGCCAGUUUUUGAGGGAGGGUUCAGCAAGCAUGGAAGUGCUCCGAACAGAAGCGGAGCAGGUAAAGAACCCGGAACUCCGUGAACUACUGCCGUACGGGUUCGCCAUCCAUCACGCCGGGAUGAGCCGAGUGGACCGGACGCUGGUUGAAGAUCUGUUCGCCGACAGGCAUAUACAGGUCCUAGUAUCCACUGCCACUCUCGCGUGGGGAGUCAACCUGCCGGCCCACACCGUCAUCGUCAAAGGGACCCAAGUGUACUCCCCGGAGAAAGGACGGUGGAGCGAGCUUGGGGCUUUGGAUGUACUUCAAAUGCUGGGCAGAGCUGGGCGGCCGCAGUACGAUACUAAGGGAGAGGGUAUCCUGAUAACAAACUACUCCGAGCUCCAAUACUACCUGUCGCUGCUCAACCAACAGCUGCCGAUCGAGUCGCAGCUGGUCAGCAAGCUGCCGGACAUGCUGAAUGCCGAGGUCGUGCUGGGCUCCGUGCAGAGCGUGCGGGACGCGGUCACGUGGCUGGGCUACACAUACCUUUACAUCCGAAUGCUCCGUCAGCCCGCACUGUACGGAGUCACUCCUGAGAAGCUGCAGGAAGACCCGUUGCUUGAACUGCAUAGAGCUGACUUGGUUCACACUGCUGCGAAUCUUUUGGACAAAGCCGGCCUCAUAAAAUACGAACGCAAAUCCGGCCACUUCCAACCGACCGAACUCGGCCGAAUCGCAUCCCACUACUACUGCACAUACGAAACGAUGCAAUGCUACAACCAACUGCUGCGGCCGACGCUCGGCGAGAUCGAACUGUUCCGAGUGUUUUCUCUGUCGGCGGAGUUCCGGCAUGUCGCGGUGCGCGAAGAGGAAAAGCUUGAGCUGCACAAGCUCAUGGAGCGGGUGCCGAUCCCAAUCAAGGAGAGCAUAGAAGAGCCUUCAGCGAAGAUCAACGUCCUCUUACAAGCGUACAUAUCCCAGCUGAAGCUGGAAGGGUUCGCGCUAAUGGCUGACAUGGUGUACGUGACCCAGUCUGCUUGCCGCCUGCUGAGGGCGAUAUUCGAGAUCGUGCUGCAUAGAGGCUGGGCACAAUUAGUGGACAAGACGCUAGCUCUAUGCAAAAUGGUGGACCGACGCAUGUGGCAGUCUAUGUCGCCGUUGAGACAGUUCAGGAAGAUGCCUGAAGAAGUCAUAAAGAAGCUAGAAAAAAAGAACUUCCCCUGGGAGAAACUGUACGAGUUAGGUCCCAACGAAAUAGGAGAAUUGGUGCGCGCACCUAAACUGGGCAAGAUGAUACACAAGCACGUGCACCAGUUCCCUAAGCUAGAGCUGGCCACACAUAUCCAGCCUAUCACCAGGUCCACGCUUAGAGUGGAACUGACGAUCACUCCGGACUUCCAGUGGGACGACAAGGUCCACGGCCAGUCGGAAGCCUUCUGGAUCCUGGUGGAGGAUGUGGAUUCCGAGGUGAUCCUGCAUCACGAGUACUUCCUGCUCAAGCAGAAGUACUGCAAGGACGAGCAUCAGGUGAAACUCUUCGUGCCAGUCUUCGAGCCGUUGCCGCCACAGUACUUCUUGCGAGUCGUGUCAGACAGAUGGAUAGCCUCCGAAACCCAGCUACCAGUGUCGUUCCGUCACCUCAUACUGCCUGAGAAGAACCUCCCGCCCACAGAGCUAUUGGACCUCCAACCGCUGCCUAUAUCAGCGUUACGGAACCCUGAAUACGAAGCGCUGUAUAGCGACAUAUUCCCACAGUUCAACCCUGUGCAGACUCAGGUGUUCAACGCAGUCUACAACUCGGACGACAACGUAUUCGUCGGUGCGCCGUCGGGCUCCGGCAAAUCAGUGAUAGCUGAGUUGGCACUACUGCGUCUGCUAUCAGGCAACAGCGGUGGUCGCGCUGUAUACCUGCUGCCUAAAGACGCGUUGGCUGACGUUGUGUUUGCUGACUGGUACCAUCGGUUCGGCGCCAAGUUCAACCUGAAGGUCGUCCAACUGACAGGAGAGACGGCCACCGAUCACAAGCUGCUCAACAAAGGCCAGAUCAUCAUCACCACCGCUGAGAAGUGGGAUGUUCUGUCCAGAAGGUGGAAAGUCCGCAAGAGCGUGCAAAGCGUGUCGCUCUUCAUAGUGGACGCGCUACAACUGCUGGGAGGCGAGGAAGGCCCGGUGCUCGAGGUUGUCUGCUCUAGGAUGAGAUACAUCGCCUCGCAGAUCGGUCGUUCAAUUCGCAUAGUUGCUCUCUCGCUCCCUCUGGCGGACGCGCGGGACGUGUCCCAGUGGCUGGGAUGCAACGCCAACGCGUCCUUCAACUUCCAUCCCAGCGUGCGACCGCUGCCGCUGUCGCUGCACAUACAGGGCUUCAACAUAUCCCACGCGGCGUCCCGUUUCGCCGCCAUGACGAAACCGAUUUACAACGCGGUUGUACGCCACGCCGGCUCAAAACCAUGCGCUGUCUUUGUGCCAUCCCGACGAUGGGCGCGGCUGUUGGCUGCUGAUCUCCUGGCUUUGGCAGCGGCUCAAAAGAGGCCCGGACGCUUCCUACACGCGAGACCCGAUCUGGUGCAGCCGUUUUUGAAGCGGCUGAGUGAUAAGAUGUUGAAGGAAACCCUCGCAGCGGGCGUGGCGUACCUCCACGAGGGCGUGGAGCCCGGCGACAGGCGCGUGGUGCAGCAACUGCUGGAGUCGGGCGCCAUCCAGCUGUGCGUGGUGGCUGUGGAGCUGGCCUGGGCUUUUGCUGCGCACGUGCACACCGUCAUCAUCGCCGACACGCACGCAUACAACGGCAAGCUCCACUCCUACGAGCAGUACCCUCUAACGACGGUACUUCAGAUGGCGGGCCGCGCGUGCCGCCCUUUAGAAGACGAGGGCGCUGUGUGCGUGUUGAUGUGCGCUCAGCACCAGAAACCGCUGUACAGCAAGCUGCUCAACGACUGUCUGCCGCUGGAGAGCCACCUCGACCACCGUCUCCACGACCACAUAAACGCGGAAAUAGUGACGAAGACCAUCGAGAACAAACAGGACGCUGUGGACUACCUGACCUGGACCUUCCUCUACCGGCGGCUCACCAUGAACCCGAACUACUACAACCUGCAGGGAGUCACGCACAGGCACCUGUCAGACCACCUGUCAGAGCUGGUGGAGACAACGCUGUCAGACCUGGAAGCGUCCAAGUGCAUCGCAAUUGAAGACGAAAUGGACGUGCAACCGCUUAAUUUGGGAAUGAUCGCGUCGUACUAUUACAUCAACUAUACUACUAUCGAACUGUUCAGCAUGUCUCUCACCAACAAGACCAAGAUCCGGGGUCUCCUGGAGAUCAUAUCAGCAGCCGCGGAGUACUCCGACCUGUGCAUCCGGCACCGCGAGGAGAACAUCAUCAAGGCGCUGGCCAGCAAAGUUCCCCACAAGCCGACCGCGCCUUCCGGCGGCGCUGUGAAAUACAACGAUCCCCACGUGAAAGCUCAAGUGUUACUUCAAGCGCAUUUAUCUCGGAUGCAACUGCCGGCUGAAUUGCACGCUGACACCGCUCAAGUGCUGGUCAAGGCCAUCCGCCUCAUCCAAGCAUGUGUCGACGUGGUGUCCAGCUCAGGCUGGCUGUCUCCAGCCGUGGCCGCCAUGGAGCUGGCCCAGAUGGUGACCCAGGCCAUGUGGGCCAAGGACUCGUACCUGCGACAACUGCCGCACUUCACGCCCGAGCUGCUGCAAAGAUGCGCUGACAAGGGCGUAGAGACGGUGUUCGACGUCAUGGAACUGGAAGACCAGGCGCGCGCCAAACUGCUGCAGUUGGAACCGAGCGAGAUGGCUGAUGUCGCUCGCUUCUGCAACCGGUAUCCUAACGUGGAGCUGACAAUUGAGGUGAAGAAUGAGCGCCGCCUGGCUGCCGGCAAGCCGAUCGUGGUGGAGGUGUCUUUGGAGCGCGAGGACGAGGUUCAAGGGCCCGUCAUAGCGCCCUACUUCCCUCAGAAACGCGAAGAAGGCUGGUGGGUGGUGAUCGGAGACCCCAAAACCAAUACUCUACUAUCCAUCAAGCGCGUGUCCCUCGGCCGAGCGGCCAAAGUCAGACUGGACUUCGUGGUAGGAGUCGGAGGACGGCACACCUACACUCUGUACUUCAUGUCGGACGCUUAUCUCGGCGCCGACCAGGAGUACAAGUUCUCCAUAGAUGUGGCUGAAGCUGCUUCUGACUCCAGCGAUGACGAGUAGUGUUUU